UAAGUCUUCUCAGCGCUAUGGUGUUAGCAACUGUAGCUGUACCCCUGUCAACCCUGUGUAGCAGUGCCCCUGAUAGCACGUAUGGACCCAGGUUCAUUAUUCCCGGUGUAGAGUAAUUAGCACCUUGCAGAACGACACAUUAUCAUCAUCCAGUUUCAUCCAUAUUACUUCUACACAAACCGUUCUCGCUGGCCUCGCGUUUUGUUGCUGUCCGUCCAUGGUGAAAGAGAGUUGACAAAACAACCAUGUCUGGAAUCAAGAGGAAAAUUGAAGACAAUGACCCAGACUAUGAGGACAUAUCACAAGUUCAUGAGAAUAAGAGAAACAAAAUUGUGGAACAGAAUGCACGGGAUGCGACGGUGCAGAAAAUUGAAGUCAUCAUCAGAGAACAGUUUUCUAUGGAGAUGAAGAAUAAAGAACAUGAGAUUGAAGUGAUUGGCCAACGUCUCAAUGAAGCUCGGCGGAUGAUGGACAAGCUGAGAGCCUGCAUUGUGGCCAACUAUUACGCCAAUGCUGGGCAGCCCAAGGUCCAAGAGGCGUCAAAGAGCGACGCCCUGGUGCUGAACCACCCGGCCAUCAAGCGCUUCCUGGAGUCGCCCUCUCGCUCGUCCUCGCCCCUCAACCAGGGCUCGGAAGCAGCCUCGCUGGGGCCUUCGGAGAGCGAGUCGCUGGGCCAGCACGUGGACGGUGGACACGGGGAGCGCGAGCGGGACGGAAUCUGGCGGGAGGCCGGGAGCCGCGGGGAGCGACGGCCGGGACGCAACACAGGGAAGGACACGUUUGGAGUGCCAUCAUCAGCCGCCGCGGAUCAGCAGGUCACCUAUCACGUCACCGGAGAGGAGGCCUCAAGACUGUACGUCAAGAAGACCAUUGUUGUGGGGAAUGUCUCCAAGUACAUAGCCCCUGACAAGAGAGAGGAGAAUGACCAGUCCACCCAUAAGUGGAUGGUCUAUGUCAGGGGCUCCAAGAAGGAGCCCAGCAUUGACCACUUUGUGCGCAAAGUCUGGUUCUUCUUGCACCCCAGCUACAAGCCUAAUGACCUGGUAGAAGUCAGUGAGCCCCCGUUCCACCUGACUCGGCGAGGUUGGGGAGAGUUUCCUGUCCGUUGUCAGAUCCACUUCAAGGACCCACGCAACAAACGCAUCGACAUCAUCCACAACUUAAAGCUUGACAGAACGUAUACGGGACUGCAGACACUUGGAGCUGAGACGGUGGUGGAUGUGGAACUCCAUCGAAACUCCCUUGGCGAUGACUUCCUGCCCACCCCCCUCUCCUCCUCCUCCUCCUCCUCUCAGAGGUCAUGUGCCAUGGGCUCCACCAGUGCCCAUCUCACCUCCGCCCCCUCCCCCGGUCAACUCUCCCAGGACUCCUUCCCAGGCACAGAGAAAGGCGUGGCCGUCAAAAUCGAGUCGGGUCGCUCGUCCUGCUCCGAGAGGACGCCGUCCCGGCCCAAGCUCACGGAAAAGAUCACGCUCGGUUCUCACGGGAACUCCGCCUUCCAGCCCAUCACGGCCAGCUGCAAGAUCAUCCCGCAGGGCCAGGCGCCGAGCCCCUCCGAGUCUCCCGGGAAGUCCUUCCAGCCAAUCACCAUGAGCUGCAAGAUCGUCUCCGGCUCUCCAAUCUCUACGCCCAGCCACUCCCCGCUGCCCCGCACCCCCACCUCCACGCCCGUGCACAUGAAGCAGGGCUCGGCUGCGGGCAGCAACCCCUACAUCAUCGUGGACAAGCCGGGCCAGGUCAUCAGCGUAGCCGGCUCCUCUUCCUCUGCCACAGGAAGCCCCACGGUCAAGCAGUCUGCAGCGGCCCACGGCACCAGAUCUCCCGCCCCCAAAGUCCACACAGGAGGCUUCCUCUCCUCAGGAGUCAAGGUCAUCAUAAAACAGGAGCCGGGGGAGGUUCCCACCCAGCCGCAGCCGCCGCCACAGCAAGCCAUGGUUUCCACGGCAACGGCCCAGCAGCAGCAGCAGCAGGCGGCGGCGGCACAGGCACAGCAGUUUGUCGCAGUGAAGGGCGGUCACGUGAUCGCCAUGGCCUCCUCCCAGAAGCAAGUUGCUGGGGCGUCCGGGGCCGGAGCCACGCCCAGCAAGCAGGUGCUGGGCAUCCCAGUGGGCUCGACCCUGCAGUCGGCUGUUAAGCAGGUGGCCAUCAGCAGCGGUCAGAUCCUGGUGGCCAAGUCCGGCGCGGCCGCCUCCAAGGUGAUGGCCCAGAAGCAGGUGGUGGCGCAGGGCGUGGCCAAGGCCAUCGUCAGCAGCAGCGGCGGCGCGGCCGGAGGAGCCAGCGGCAUCAUGGGACAGCAGGUGCACACCGUCACCAAGGCGGGAGGGUCGUCGGGCAGCGGGAAGAGUGGAGUCAUGGCCACCCUGCAGCUGCCAGCCAACAACCUGGCCAACCUAGCCAACCUGCCGCCGGGCACCAAGCUCUACCUGACCACCAACAGCAAGAACCCGUCAGGCAAGGGCAAGCUGCUGCUCAUCCCACAGGGAGCUAUCCUGCGGGCCUCCAACUCAGGUCAGCAGUCUCAGAGUGCAUCCUCGUCAGGCUCUGGCUCGUCACAGAGCUCCUCUGGUAGUUCGUCUGGAUCCAGCCUCUCCUACACCUCCUACAUCCUCAAACAGACCCCACAGGGCACGUUUCUGGUUGGCCAGCCUGGCGGCUCGGGGAAGCAGAGUUCGUCCAGCUCCUCCACCUCCUCGUCGGGUCACACGGCGUCGGGCACGGGCAGCGGCAACCAGCAGUCCAUCCGGGUCACUGCGGGCCAGAAGGCCGCCAUCUUGGCUCAGGUGGUGGGCGGGUCGCAGGCAUCACAGUUGAAGCUGUCGGACGGCUCGGUGAAGACGGUGACGGCCUCUGCCGCCACUCACCUGUCCAAGCCGGGCACUACCACCCUGAGGAUGGCGGGGGGAGUCAUCACAGCCACCAGCACCAUGCCGGGCACCCCCGCCUCAGCUGCUACCACUCCCACACAACACACUGCAGAUGGCGCCAGUGUGCCCUCCUCCCCCGCCCCCUACUCCUCCUCUUCCUCCUCUUCCUCCUCAUCCGGGGCCAAACCCGUAUCCCAGCACCCUCUGCUCGUGGCAGCCAAUCAGGCGGCAGUCAUCAACGCAGCCAAGAACGCCAGCAAUGCAGCCGCCGCCGCGGCCGCCGCCGCAGCUGCCACUGCAUCUAAAACCCCCACGGGCACCAUGAUGACCGUCGCCAAGAGCAUGGCCGCCAACAUGCCGGUCAUCAGCCUGGGCAAGGGGGCGGGCCCGGCGGUGGUGAGCGUGCCCAAGAGCGCCAGCCCUUCGCUGGUCACUGCAACGUCGCUGGUGGGCAGUAGUGGCACCGUCAGCGGUAAGGCAGCUGCCACUCUCUCAGGCAUGCUGAAGCUGCAUGCGGGCCAACCCAGUGCGCAGCAGACUGUGCUCACCAUCCCUGCCAACCAGCUGAAGCAGCUGAGCGUGGGCACGGGCGCUGGGGGACUCCAGACCAUCCUCAUGCCCGUGGGCAAAGUUGUGCAGUCCUCCUCCUCCUCCUCCUCCUCCUCCUCCUCCUCCUGUAAAGGAUCCUCUACCAGCAGCAAUACUGCUACCCACAAUGCACCAGCAGUCUCCUCCACACCAAACGUAGCUCACGUGAAGACAGAGCCAGGUGUGUACAGCUGCAGCGGCCCUGGGCCCCAGACCCCGACCUCCUCAUCGACCCCGGGCUCCAGCGUGCCACCCACCCCCGCCACCGCCAGCGUCAAAGUGGAGCAGGGGGCCGAGUCCGCCCACGAGCUCAACACUGAACACAUAGAGAACCUGACGCAACUGUUGACGGCGGCGGUGAAGAAGUUUCCGCUCAUUGUGCCUGAGAAGAAUGAGGACUCCCACCCAUUCUGUGCCAUCUCUAUGGAGCAGUAUUACUCCUGGAACAUUGGGAAACGCCGGGCAGCCGAGCUGCAGCGUGCGGUGGCGGUGAGGCGCGUGGUGCAGGAGGCUCUGGAGAGGAGCCCGCGGCUGCAGGCCGAGCCCUUGCCCAGGACCCGCCAGCUGGUGCAGUGGUGCCGUCACCGCGGCUACACGCCGCCCGACCCCGAGCCUCGCCGCACAGAGGAGGACUCCAUCGAGGACAUCCUCACCCAGAUCGACAGCGAGCCAGAGUGUCCGUCUACGCUGCUGGACGCUGAGGACCUGUGCCAGCGGGUGGAGCAGCUCCAGCGGCUGCUGAAGACCGAGCCCGAGGACGAGGACGACGGCGAGCUGCUGGACGUGCUCAGCCUGUCCCCGCCCGCCACCUCGUCGGCCUCGGACACCGCCGCCCGGCCCAAGCAUGAGCCCCACGCUGGCCCGCAGGAGCCCAGCUUCCACCUGGGGCCCAGCCCCGCCCAGCAGUUCAUCAGGGAUGCCGCCCAACAGAUUGGUGUGACCUUCCAGCCGGUGGAGGUGGAGAAGAGUGUGUUUGCUCCAGUGAUUGAGGCCAUGAUCCUCAAGGCCACAGAGCAGUUUGCCAGUGACAUCUUAAGAGAAGCCCUGGGCAACGCCUACAUGAAGGCCCCCCAGAACAGAGCACCUCGCGAGGUGUCAGUCAUGAACGUGCACCAGUCGGUUAGCAGCAUUCCAGCCUAUGACUUCCUGACCAACCGCUACAUGGGCGUCCUGCUCAAGGAGAAUGGCCACGCGGACUGAGGCCCGUCGCUGCCGGAAACGCCGCCACACACGCACAAGCCAGGCCAGCAGGCAAACCAACCACACGCGUCCUUCCGGAGCUCCAGAGAACAAGCAGAAUCAUCGCCAUGGCACCUGAGCCUUGGACCCGCCCGUCGAGCAUUAAACCAGUCUGGGGUUGGCUGUAUUUAAGAGGGCAAACGACCACAGUGAACCCCAAGCAAAUAUUAGUUGUUACAAGAGAAGCUGUGUGUGUAGGGGGGGGGGGGUGUUUAUUUACUGUGGGUGAUCAUUCUGAAGGCUUCACCAGGCAGUUUACUGCCAUACUGUUAUGUGUAAUACUGAUGUCAAGUCAAGACUUUGGGGGGGGGCUGUGACCAUAUACUGACGCUAUAAAAUGCAUGUGGAUAUAUAGGCAGAGUUGCUGGGCGUCAGUGGGCAUUGAUUGGACUAUUCUAUGAGUGUUUAACAUUAUCACACUCUCAACAAGGGAGUGUGAAGCACAUGAUCCUCUGUUUGUGUACGUGCGUGUGCGUGUGUGCUCGUGUGCGUGUGUGUGUGUGUGUGUGUGCGCGCGCGCAUGUGUGUGUGUGUGCGUGUGCGUGCGCGCACAUAUGGCCUUAAAUCUCCAGGUUGUGCGUGCGUGUGUGUGUGUGUGCGUGUGUGCGCGUGUAUUCUAAGACUAGUGAAGUCACUCGGCCCUGUAAAAACCGCAUCCAGGUGAAGUGCUUUUACCACUCGCAUCCAAUCACUAGCUCAUCCAGCAUGGCCUGGAGGUCGGGUCAGAUGAUCUUUACCAAACAGCUGCUUGAAGGGAACCUAUGCUACAGCAGCACCUGCAGAGGACCUUCCUGGCAUUCAGUCCAGAGCCUCAGCCCACGGAUGGACAGAUGGUUCAGUGCCUCUGGCCCAGAAGCAGGCCAGACGUGGGCCUGCCCAGUUUCUGCAGCACCCUGGAGUCUGUAGGAGAUCCUCAUCAUCUGGGUCCCACAAACACAGAUAACCUCAGUUGCGCAGGAAGGUUUGCAUAAGAGUGUACUGUAUAUGCACAUUAUGAAACCUUAUGAUUAUGUUGCCUGCAAGAUAAGAGUAUUGGAUAUGGAACAUGUGUUAUGUCCAUGGCAGAUUUUUAUACCAGCAUCAGAGGGUGGUGAAUGAAUUAAAUUAUUCUCAACACAUACUAAUGUUUUAGGUCUAAUAAUGGUUGUUAUCCAGCAUUGUUGGCAUUGUCUGAUAACUACGUAAUAUGUUUCUGAAUGGCUUUAGUCGAUGUCUUGAGCUUCUUUAAAUGUACUUCAAAGAUUGAUAUUAAUUCCUCAAAAAGUGAAUGUUAAAGCUUGUUUUUGAAAUCAAUCGAAGCGACCGAUGCAGCCUUUUUGCAGCCGGUCUAGUUUUCAUCUAAAAUAAUUUCUUGUGAUUUCUUUUUUAACUCCUAAAGUUACCAUAAGAAGGGAACCCUCUCCUGACAUUCACCAACAUGAAUUAUGCUGUUUGAGAGAAUCAUGUGUCUGCAGCUCCACCUCUCACAGGUGCAUCAUGGCAUCAAAUAUUGAUGACUGAGUGCUUGGGUGCAGAGCUGCCACGGCUGCAGUUUUGUGCAAAUUUAGCUUCCUGUCCUGACAAGUCGAGUUGUGAGACCAGUGAUGGAACACUGUCGCUGGUGUCUGGUACAGAAGGAUGAAAAGAGAAUUCUCACAUUGCAGGUUGUUUUCUAACUUAAAUCAGCCAUCGUCUUUCUUUUUACAGUCUGGGCCUUUUUAUGACAUGACUCAUGAAUAGCUUUGUCGUCACUGACCAACCUGUAAGCCGGUUUGCAGUAGUCUUAAUAUAUGUUGUGGGUGUAAACUGGCAUAGCUCUGAAACAGAUUAGAGGGCAGUUUUUAAGUGGACUCAGUUUCUGUUUGGCCUGGUUGGAUCCAUACGACCAGCAACAUGGAUGUGGUGUGUAUGUCACUUACAGUAAGUGUAUGUGUUUGCCUGUGCUAUGUGGCAUAAACAUUUGGCUGUUGUCUCUGUCUGUUCUGCUGAUUGCGUAUGCCUUUGUAUGAGAGCUGGUUUUGAAAGGGUCUGGAUCUGUGAGUGUGUGUUUUGUGGGGGUGGGUUACACACAUGCUUGUUGCAUGUUCAUGGUUAAUGAGUGAUGACCUGCCUGAAAGUUUGACCAAAAUCGUCUGUAAGUAUUGUAGAAUAUAUCUCACCAUUGUAUUUUCACUUUCCAGUGUGCAUCGAGAAGAAAAGAUCAUGAAUAUUCUUGUAUUAAAAUGGUUAACCCACCUCUCCA